AUGGGCUACCUCCACGUCCAGCCAAACACCUUGGCAGCGGUGCAAAUGGUCUCUACAGCCAUCUACGGGGCGUUGAAGACUCUGAAGCUCGGAGACCUCGCCCGGCUUGCACGAGAGGCUAGGAGCCUUCUGGCUCACAAGAACGGCACAACGAAGGUGGUAACUGAUCCGGAGUCGCCGGACACCUCAGACCAUUUGGAUGGCCUUGGCAACAAGGGCAGGCGGUGGCGAAGGAGCCUGAUACAGAUGAGCUUCGUCGGAUUGAUGCGGUUUUCAACAGUGGUGCUGGGGCUGGUGAGUCUCAAAUACGUUGCAGCUUCGUUUACUGAGACCAUCAAGGCAUCCGCCCCCUUUUUCACGGUGAUCGUUGCCUACCUCAUGCUAGGCGAAAGAACGGGCGUGCCAGUUUUAGCAUCUCUGGUGCCCGUUGCGGGGGGACUUGUGCUGGUCUCCUCCACGGAACUUUCCUUCAACAUAGUCGGAUUCGGAGCUGCUGUGCUCACGAACAUCAUUGAAUGUGUGCAGAAUGUCUUCAGCAAGAGGCUGUUGGCCAACGAGUACACAGCUUCCCA